AUGGCGUGGCACCCGUUACCAACUCUUACUCCCUCCAACCAACGUCGUUGGUUUCGCAAUAUGCAAAUCGCUUUGGAAGGCAAAGAUCUUUUCUGGAUCACUAGACAAACCAAAGCGGAGUUUGUGCGCUCUUUCGAUGAGAAAAUCAACUUAAGUAAGGAAUGUUGGCCCCUUGGCCACGUUCCCUGCAACGGACUUGACCAUAAUUUAAAAAUCGACAAGACGAAUAGGGAGAAAUAUUAUGAAGUAACAGAAAUCAAGGCUUUUGCAUAUCGCUGGCAAGGUGAUAGUUUGAGUGAGGAGGACAAGGACGGUUACGACCAAGAGGAGUGUCAAGGGGAGCGUCCAAGCUUUAACGCCUUUUGGGAAAGGUUGAAGAACAAGUACCAAGAAAAGCCGUCGACUACGAAAGGCGAAUUAGGGGAUGGGGAAGCAGCUCCUUCGUGUACUCCCUCUCCUGCUGCGUAAGUCUUGAUUGCACACAAUCUUGACUGAGUCGAGUGUAUUGAAGCUACAUGCGGAAGAUGGCUGA